AAUAUGAUGGUGACUACCUGUAUGAAUGCAAAGAUAAGGGGACUUGUGUUAUUAUUAUUGGUUGUAGGUAUCUUAGGCUAUCUUAAUUAAUGUGUUGCAGCCCCUGCUCCCCCUCUAAAUGACUAACCAUGGAGUUGAAAACCCUGGUAUUACACAUAUUUACUAUCAUGACACGCCUCUGUCUGGCAAAAAACAUUGUGAAGGCCCAGGUACCAAAUUCAAGAUUCAAGAGUUUUGCACAGUAAAACUGGUAGUUAUACUACGCAUGUGAUACAGCAGUGAUGUUAAGACGAUUAUUUACAAGUUAUUUAACAAAACAAUACAAUUCUGAUGAUUAUUAACCGAUUCUUGCUCAUGUAAUUAACAUAUAGCAUCAGGUUAACAAUGUGGCGAUACGCGUGCCAGUCCGCGGUUACCUUGGUUACCUGCCUCGCCGGGCGCGUGCACGAACCAGCAGGCCAGGCGGGAAGGGGAAGGGGAAGGAGGAGUAGGAGGAGGAAGAAUUAGUCAGUGUUCGAGGGGAGGAGAGGCCGAGGUGGACGUGGCGGGUCCGCUGGAGUUGGCCACGAGUCGCGGGCAGCGGAGGCUAAGGAGCCAUGACGCGCAGCAGCCGCAGGCCGGUACCUGUCCAGACUGGGUGGUGACGUCCCAUUUGUGGACAAAGACUGUCCGCCUGGGCUCCUCCCCUCUGAGUAGGCCAGCAUCUUAAGUGGUGGUAGUGGGGGCUAACCUCAGCCGUAAAGCGAGGAGACACGGAGCACCACCCCUCACCAUGACAGACUUGGAGGCUGACUGUUUGAGCCUCAGUCUGCCCUCUGAGGGCGACUCCCCUCCACCACCCCUGGAUCCGGGCCUGCAGGUGGACUGUGGCCCCAUCUCUGUGGUUCCGACUCUGGCGCUCCUCUCCUCCGACUGCCCCACUCCCACGCUCAGCUCACUGGCAGCAGAGAUUGCAGAGCCGCUGGUCAUGCUGCCCUGCGUUAAGAGCGAGCCGGAGGACGGAGAUUUGGACCCCAUACGCACAGUGGACCUGUCUGAGAUCCAGCCGCUAUCCACCGCCGAACUGGGCCAGGACCAGAUCAAGAUGGAGAUCAGUGGGCUGGACUACAUCAAGUCGGAGCAUCACAGUCACUGUGACGACCACUACCUGGGCCCAUUCCACCACGCUGACAUGACGGAGCUGGACUACAAGUCACACUAUGAGCCCAGCUCAGUGUUUGACUACAUCUCCCAGGUGAGUGACACCCUGGACUACAUCAAGUCCGACCACCAUGUGGACCUGCAGUGUUACUACGCCGCAGAACUGGGCUCGCUCCGGUGCGAGUAUCCCGAGUCCAACGCAGCAGCGGUCCAGUUGCAGCACAAUGGCCUCGAGUCCAUCCACAUGGCCGAACUCCGCAGCGAGCUUAACAAGCUACGACCCGACUCGCUGCUACUGGACGGGAUGGCAAAACUGGAGCCCAGCUUUGGGGGCGGUCCUUUGUACGAGAUGCCGCCAGCCGAGGAGGGCAAGACGGCAGUGCAAACAGGAGGCCCGGAGAGCGACGGUGUGCCCGUUUCGACUAAAAGCCCGACACAGGCGGUGAGGAAGCCUCGCAACAUGCAGGGCGAGAAGCCGUUCUCAUGCACGCAGUGCGGCAAGAACUUUAGCACGCUGGGCAACCUGAAGACGCAUCAGCGCAUUCACACAGGUGAGCGGCCGUACACGUGCGCCCAGUGCGGGAAGAGCUUCGGCCAGGCCGGCAACCUCAAACGCCACCAGCUUAUCCACACGGGCCAGAAGCCAUACGUGUGCGCCCACUGCCCCAAAGGCUUCACCAAGGCCGACGACCUGCGCGCCCACCAGCGCCUGCACACAGGCGAGCGGCCCUUUGCUUGCGCUGCCUGCGGUAAGACCUUCGGCCAGGCCAAGGAGCUCAAAGCGCACCAGCUGAGCCACACGGGUGAGCGGCCAUAUUGCUGCCAGCACUGCGGCAAGAGCUUUGGCAAGGAGACGGCCUACCGCAACCACCUGCACGUCCACACGGGCGGGAAGCCCUUCACCUGCUCGCAGUGCGGAAAGACUUUCAGCAACUCGGGCGUGCUCAAGACCCACGAGAAGAUCCACUCGGGGGAGCGGCCCUUUGGCUGCGUGCAGUGCGGCAAGAGCUUUGGACGCCUCGGACACCUCAAGGCGCACCAACACGUGCACACGGGCGAGCGACCACAUGCCUGCACGCGUUGCGGCAAGACUUUCAGCCAGUCAGGUCACCUGAAGGCGCAUGAGCAGAUCCACAAGCGCGAGCGAGCCGAUGGUAGUUAAGCCACCUUUGACCUCUCAUGACCACAAAGUAUUACUAUUCCGCUUUUCUACAUACCGUGUAUAUGAACCUCUUUCUUACUUACCUUUCAUACCUUCCUGCUCUUUUCAUGUCUUUUAAUAUGUGUGUGUGUGUGUGUGUGUGUGUGUGUGGGUGGGUGGGUGUACACGUACGCAUACGUAUGUGCACAUGUAGGGGGUGUCAACAAUUCUGUCCCAAUCAAUCAGUCAAGGGCGCAGUGAAGCAAUUAAGCCAUCAUUGGCUUGAAGACGUCAGCCGGCAAGGAAAGCAAAAAUCCUGACUUCAUCUAUCAACACUUUAGUGUGUAUUUUCUAUACGCACACACUUGAACGUAUACGGACCCCCUCCCACAGGCCACAACCGUGCAUUCCUGGAGGUUUGUAUGCAGUUUGAAAGAACUCCAAUGGACAAAGGCUAACAUGACGGUCAUUGUAAGUGCAAAAAGAAGCGAUACAAGGAACUCAUUCAACAAGUUUGUCACGUUUUCACUUCCCGUUAACACAUUUCUUUGCCAAGUGCUACCUGUAGGACGUAGACACGGUGGCUCGGCUGGCCAGCCAUCCAUUUUCUAUGCCGCUUGUCCUCACUCGGGUUGCAGAUGUAUGCAGAAGCCCAUCCCAGCUGACGUCGGGCGACAGGCGGGCACAGCCUGGACUCGUGUGGCGUGGAUGUAUGAAAGACUAAGGUGAUGUUAGUGCUUGGGGGCCCUCUAGUGGCCUUAUAAGUAAACUCCUGUGGUCAUGAAUGACUUUUACACUUUUAACCAGUUUGGUUUUUAUGCUAAUAAGCCGCCUCCCCCCCACACACAUUUUGUAUGAGUCUUUUCCAAAUGUUAGUUGAAAUGAAACCAGUUCUUGUACUGCCAACUGAAAUAUAAACACCUUGACAGCCCGUGUGCAGCACCGCUGAUUGUCUCAAAGUGUUUAGUCUUGUUUGGUUUCUAUGGCAGCCAGGAGCCAAUGAAAGGAGCGCUGAAAUUGAACAAGAAGCUUUCCUGGUGCUAUGGUGUAGAAACCUGAUUGGUUGCAAGGUGUGCUGCUGAUAUUUGAGUUGUGGCCCCGCCCCUCACUUUAGAACCCCAUUGGAGUCCCUCUGAGCGUCCAAGAGUUGGUAAAGGGCUGAGCUGCUGUUGCCAAGGCAACCACACAAGUCAAGACAAGUCAUCAGCUGAGGUCUUUAUUGUUGGAGACUUUGAUCAUGAUGUCAGCGAGACAGGAAGGAGGAUGAGGAUGAGGAGGACGAGGUCACCACCCUCCCGUCGACCACCUGUUCGACCAC